AUGCACCAACCAUUUUUUAUCAGAUUUUGUUUUUUCUUUCUUUCUGUCUUUCUUUUUCUAUUACAUCUCUUUUAUUCUUUAUGCUCUCUCUCUCACUCUCUCUCGCUCUCUCUCACUCUCUCUCUCACUCUCUCUCACUCUCUCUCUCACUCUCUCUCUUUUACGAAUGAAGCCCGCACCUCUUUUUCUUAUAUUUUUCUCUCUUUUUCUCUUUUAUUCCUUAUUCUCUGUUUCUUUAAUAAACCACAUUCCUCUUUUUAUAUCCCAUAUUUUCUCUUUCUUCUUUUUCUCUUUCUUCUUUUUCUCUUUCUUCUUUCUAUUAUUCGUAAUUCUCUCUCUUUCUCGAAUCAUGGGGUCUUCCUCUUUCUUGCUUCUUUUUCUUUGCCUCCGUCUCCCUUGGAUCGGGUUUCUUACCUUUUUUUUUGUCCUUUUCCUAUCUUCCUCCAAUUUCUUCUUUCUUUCUUUCUCUUUCUUUCUUCAUCUGUCGCUAUCAUCUUUCUUUCUUUCUUUUUUAUAUUUCUUCUUCUUAAUAUAUUUUCAUUCUUUUUGUCUUCUCUUUCCUUUUCUAUCUUUUUCUGGAUUGCUUUUAUGUUGCCUUCUCCUCUUACCUUCUUAUUCAUCGGGGCACUGGGCAUCCGUUAA